GCGUGACGGGGACGGACGGGCCGGGCCGGCAGCGCUUCCGGCGGGCGCGGAGCGGGGCCCGCCAUGGGCAUCCUAGAGAAGAUCUCGGAGAUCGAGAAGGAGAUCGCCCGCACGCAGAAGAACAAAGCCACUGAGUACCACCUGGGCCUGCUGAAGGCAAAGCUUGCAAAAUACAGAGCUCAGCUGCUGGAACCUUCCAAAUCCCCGGCUGCCAAGGGCGAGGGCUUCGAUGUGAUGAAAUCAGGAGAUGCCCGGGUGGCACUGAUUGGAUUUCCUUCUGUGGGGAAGUCCACGUUUCUGAGUUUAAUGACCUCGACUGCCAGCGAAGCCGCGUCCUACGAGUUCACCACGCUGACCUGCAUCCCAGGAGUCAUAGAGUACAAAGGAGCCAAUAUUCAGCUGCUGGAUCUGCCUGGAAUCAUCGAAGGAGCAGCACAAGGUUGGCUCAUGGAAGGGCAGAGGCGGCAGGUGAUCGCUGUGGCCAGGACAGCAGACGUUGUUAUCAUGAUGCUGGAUGCCACCAAGGGCGAGGUGCAGAGGGCCUUGCUGGAGAAGGAACUGGAAUCUGUAGGAAUCCGGCUGAACAAGAGCAAACCAAAUAUCUACUUCAAGCCCAAGAAGGGUGGAGGCAUCUCCUUCAACUCCACUGUCACCUUGACUCAGUGCUCUGAGAAGCUGGUUCAGCUCAUCCUCCAUGAAUACAAAAUCUUCAACGCUGAGGUCCUGUUCAGAGAGGAUUGUUCCCCUGAUGAGUUCAUUGAUGUGAUUGUAGGAAACAGGGUCUACAUGCCAUGCCUCUAUGUUUAUAACAAGAUUGACCAGAUAUCCAUGGAGGAGGUGGAUCGUCUUGCUCGGAGGCCCCACAGUGUUGUCAUCAGCUGUGGCAUGAAGCUGAACCUGGACUACUUGCUGGAGAAGCUCUGGGAGUACCUGGCACUCACUUGCAUCUACACCAAGAAACGGGGACAGAGACCAGACUUUACAGAUGCCAUUAUUCUACGGAAAGGGGCCUCUGUGGAACAUGUGUGCCAUCGGAUUCACAGAUCAUUAGCCAGCCAGUUCAAAUAUGCCUUGGUGUGGGGGACAAGCACAAAGUACAGCCCUCAAAGAGUGGGCUUAACCCACAUGAUGGAGCAUGAAGAUGUCAUUCAGAUUGUAAAGAAGUAACUGCUGGUGCCUGGCCUUGCCUUUAAUCACUGCAAUUGGAACUGACCAUGUAAAAACAAAACAAAACACACCAAAAAAAAAAAAGAAAAAAAGAAAAAAAAAAAGAAAGGAAAAAGGGAGAUAUGUUCCAGAGCCAAGAAAGCUUCUGUGAAGCUCCUUCUCUUAGAGGAAGGCAGAAAAUGAGGCUACUGUGCUUGCAGGUGGGGAUAGGGAAGAUGGGUUUCCAUCUGGCAGCAUUUCAGGCCAAGUGAUGUUUCUUAAAAAUUUAAAGGGAGCCAGUUCUUCCAGGGCACAGUUCCACAGCCAGCAGCGUCCUGCCCCUUGUGGGGUUUGCACAUGAAUCCAUGUGCAUUCCCAGUGGGAAGUGUUUGGGUAUGUGUGUAAAAAUCUGGCCCUGUGCUUUGGGCUGACAGAACAUUGCUGAUGCUUUGCUGCUUAUCCAUUCACUUAAUUUAAGCAUUGAUCUGAAGCAGAACCAGAGUUCUCCCUCCCCUGCUCGCUGGACAUGUCUCUGCAGCUGAGACAACCCCAAUUUUUAAUAGUCCCACCUCAAUUAACAUUAAAAUCUGGCAUUCUGUGCCUCUCCAUAGCCUUGCAGUGGGGUUUGUAGGACAUCCUGGUACUGAAAGAUGAGAAAUUAAACUGGUAAUGGUUAAUUAGCCUGGCCAGACUGCAGUGGGGUAUGAUCCAAGAGCUGUAGUCUGGGGUGAGGAUUCGCUUCUGGCAUCUCACUCAUUGAGGAGCUGCCUUGGGAGCUUCCUCCUUUGUUGGGCAGGAGUUGUGCUGCCCAUCAGUCCCCAAGGUGGAGGUCUCAUCAACCAUGUCCCUAAAUUCCAGUUGCAGCUCUUUGGAGCUCAAGGUACCACCCCAUGCUGUGAGUUUUACCCCAGCCCUGUUAAACAUUGCUUGUCUGGAUAUUGUUCAUCAGAAAUCUGGGAUUUUUGUAAUCAUGCUUUUCCAUUGAAUACUGUUGCUAAACAAUUCAGAGUGCCUGAUAGAGGACAGCUCUUGCCUUCUGGGAUCGAGAGCUGCCAAUAGCUUUUAUUUUCUUUCAUUGGAAAAGGGUUGGGUCUGAUGUGGAUGCAGAACUGUGAGGACAGGUGUGACACCUGUCUGAGCAGGGUUCCUCCCCUCCUCCCUGCUCCUCCCCACCCCUCACAACCUGAUUGAGCAGAAAUGGAAGGAUUAUUUUAUUUGAGAAAAUAAAAAGUUGUUAUUUCAUGUGAA